CCAUAACAUAGCACAUAUCAGUUGUGUUCAGCCGCUCAACAUCGCCCACUCAUGCGCGUACCUUUUGGCGCCGAAGCGCUGCCACAGAGCGCAGCCCACGUCCGAUUUGCGUCGCGGCAGGUUUGGGGUAAAGUGCGCUGCCCGCGGCCCUAGUCUUUUUAUCUAGGACUUUCCAACGCAAACCCGAGGUUGUCGCUGGCAGUUUGGCUGUACACCAAAAAUCUAUUAGCAUGACAAUAAGUACACACCGAUAGUUGGAGCACGCCAUCGCCUGGAGAUUGGGGGCUCGAGCUUGGGGGUGUAGAGGACGUGAGGUUGCUGAAAGGUGUCCCCGUGUGGCCGCUACUCGCGUAUGACUGGCAGGCCGCACUCGAAGCCGCGGUGAAUUUGGCGUGCCAAAGUGACCGUCUUAGCGUCGCAAGAGCCCGAUUUGGCGUUUCAAGUUCUCGGCGUUUCGCCAGCGAUGGGGUUAUCUCGACUGCUUUUUGGGGCCGUGGACAACUGUGACCGUUUGGAACUCUAAGCCGAAUCCUGAGCUGCGCUAACGAUCCUAUAAAUCGCUGCGGGGCCCCACACAUUAACCGAUCCGGAUUGCAGAAAUCCUGUCGAAAGUCACUAAUGCACUCCGGCGGCCGCUGCUCGCCACGACGGCACCUACUAGCACGCUCGUCGCAAUGGCACCCCGUGAUGUUUCGAUAGUUUGUAAGCGUCGGGCCCACUUCGCAAGCCUGAGUGGGCUCGUGGUCUAACUCGACGAUCAUCUGGCCGCGAUAGUGGAUGGCCAUUGCGCUAAGGCCGGUGUUGAAGAAAUAGAUUUACCUAGCGUAUUCUGGUAGCGACGGCUUAUGGGGACGGCGUAGAGGGACGGCGCCCGGGGAGGCGACAACUUGAACUUGCGACUUCCAGCCAGUGCCUCGGAAUGUCGGUGAAUUAAAUAUCACCCUUUCCACUCACUCUAGCGCCGGCAUGAGACCCUCCUGCUCAGGUUUCACAAAGCAGGAUUUGUUCGCGGAGGAGCGAUGCCCCUAGUGGGAUCCUUAGCUCUAGCGAUCCAGUUCAGCAAGUAAGCUCAAGCAACAGCAAAAUGAAGGUAUUUCAAUGUUGAUUGCCUUAAUAAUUAGAGUCAUCAUAGGUCACUCUAGCGCUUGCCCUUUCUGCGCACGCACUCGCGUACGUUGCGCCGAAGCACAAUACUGUGAGCGUGCUCUCGGCGACCAAAGAGGACAUGGCGGCACUAGCUGAGUCAAAUCCUGAUUUCCUUGGCCAGUCUCUCGGUCUGUGGGACCCGCUCGGUGUGUUUCUGGCACCAUAUCACGUAUCACCUGAUCGACUUUGCUCCGCGCAGGGUGUCUAAAUCUUGAUUUCUGGACGCUUGGCAACGAAGCUACUAUCGGUUAUCUACGACAUGCGGAGAUCAAGCACGGUCGUGUGGCAAUGGCAGCGUUUCUUGGAUACCUUGCACAGUCGACCCCAGUUGUCUCUGGGCCACAUGCCAAGCUUCCCUACUCGGGGUACGAACCUGGCCUCACCCCCCCGGAGCAGUGGGAUGCGAUCCCACUCGCUGGUAAGAUUCAGAUAUUCGGGAUAAUCGGCAUGCUCGAAUCGUACGGCGAGAUUCUUCCGCAGCACUACUGCAAUGGUGGACUCCCUGGCUAUUAUCCGCCUAUCAAAGGCAACCGUUUUGAGUUAAUCUUUAACCUCUACGACCCAUUCAAUUGGUUUGAUGAAAACAAAGACAAGAUCCGUGGGCGUCAGGUCGAGAUCAAUAAUGGUAGACUCGCCAUGCUGGGUAUUUUCAGCAUCAUUUCUGAGUCCAAGGUCCCUGGCUCGGUGCCCCUUAUUACUGGCUUAAUUCCGGAGUACAAGGGAGAUUACAUGGUACUCUUUCGGUGCAGAAUUGAAGGCAAAAUUUACUGUAGUGCAGUGUGUACUUCUUCGGAGGCGCAACCCCAGCCUUUUUUCAGCUCAACUCCCUCCAUAACUGCUUUCACCUUUGCUCAGCUUAUCUGACUUAAUUUCUCUAAAUAUAGGUCCCUUUUGAAGCCGAUUUUUCUAUUUUUGCGUAGCAAAUGUACA